AUGGUAUUUCAGAUCCUUUUGCUGUUGUGUUCAAUUGAUGCAAUAUCUGUUCAAGCAAUUAAUAGUUCAUGUCAAAGAAGCUGUGGGAAUGUUAGCGAUAUCCCAUUUCCAUUUGGGAUAGGAGCUGGUUGCUUCGUUGAUGAGUGGUUUGAAGUAGUUUGCAACAACUCUUCCAGCCCUCCCAAACCUUCCUUGAGGAGCUUCAACGACUAUGGGGCCUCUCCCAAACCUGUUUUGAAGAAGCUCGACUUGGAGGUGCUCAACAUUUCAUUAUUAGGAGGUACAGUUCGCAUCAACUAUCCUACAUUUGUUAAGUGUAUUGAUUCUGGACCUGGUGGUUCAUGGAGCCAAUUAAAUACGGAGUUAGCAACAAGCCCUUUCAUCUUCUCCCAGUCCCAGAACAGAUUCCUCGUCAUCGGUUGCGACAACUUUGCCUCAAUGGGGGACGUAUUUGGUCCAAGAGCAACUUUUCAUUAUGAAUUUGUUAUUGGUGGGUGCAUAUCAAUUUGUGACCCUCGCAGUGAAGUGGUAAAUGCAAGUAGCUGCAAUGGCAUCAACUGCUGCCAAACCCCAAUUCCUUCAGUUCUCAAUGCGUUCAAUACAAGUAUGAGGCCAGUAAAUAACGACGCGUACUAUUCCAAAAAAGGCAAAAGAUGCCAGUCUGCAUUCUUGGUAGAAGAAAAGUGGUUCCAGAAACGUGGUUCAAUUAAAAUGAGCUCCAUUAUGUCGUACGUUCCUGUGGUGUUGGAAUGGGGGAUUCCUGAUGCAUCAUUCUACUCACUUCCAAUAUCCAAUAAUGGCUCCGCCUCCACCGCUAAUAAUAGCUCCCCAAGCUACAUUUGUUCUAAUAUUACUCAAUAUUAUUCUUCGUCGACGUCAUGGCGUUAUAAUUGGAACUGGACUUAUACAUGUUCUUGCCAAAAAGGCUUUAAAGGAAAUCCCUAUCUUCUUCAUGGAUGCCAAGAUAUUAACGAAUGCGAGAGCCUAGAGUCACCUUGUUUGAAUAAUGGAUCCGAGAGUGUAUACUGUGAAAAUACUAGGGGGUCUUUCUUGUGUCACAGUCAGGUAGCAGUUGACCCCACCAAGCCUUCGGUUAAGGUGACCAUAAUUGCGAUAGGUAUUAGUAGUGGCCUUGGGCUAUUAAUUCUACUUGUUGGUGGAUGGUGGUCCUACAAAGUGGUAAAGAAAAGGAGGAAGAUUAAACUAAAGAACAAGUUCUUCAAACGAAAUGGUGGUUUAUUGUUAAAACAACAAUUAUCUUCACAUGAAGUCAAUGUUGAGCACACCAAAUUGUUUAAUUCAAAAGAUUUGGAGAAGGCUACUGACCAUUUUAGUGUAAAUAGAAUACUUGGGCAGGGAGGACAAGGCACUGUUUACAAGGGCAUGUUAGCAGAUGGAAGAAUCGUUGCAGUGAAAAAGUCCAAGGUAAUUGAUGAAGGAAAACUUGGAGAAUUUAUUAAUGAAGUUGUCAUUCUUUCACAAAUUAAUCACAGGAAUGUAGUUAAGCUAAUUGGCUGUUGUUUGGAGACAGAAGUUCCUCUACUAGUUUAUGAAUACGUUCCUAACGGAACUCUUUUCCAAUACGUCAAUGGCCAAACAGAGGAGUUUCCACUAACAUGGGAUAUGCGCUUACGAAUUGCAACUGAAGUAGCAGGAGCUCUUUUCUACUUACACUCAGGAGCAUCCUCGCCCAUUUAUCAUCGGGACAUUAAGUCUACAAACAUACUCUUAGAUGAAAAAUACAGAGCUAAAGUAGCUGACUUUGGGACUUCAAGAUCCAUUACUGUUGAUCAAACUCACUUAACCACCCUAGUGCAUGGCACUUUUGGAUACUUGGACCCUGAGUAUUUCCAGUCAAGUCAGUUUACAGAAAAGAGUGAUGUUUAUAGUUUUGGUGUUGUCCUUGCUGAGCUGUUAACUGGCGAAAAAGCAAUCUCUUUAGCAAGGACGCAAGAAUCCAGAAGUUUAGCCACAUAUUUCAUUCAAUCUGUGAAGGAGAACAAUUUGUUUGAUGUUCUUGAUAGUCGAGUUUUGAAGGAAGGUAAAAAAGAAGAGAUCAUUGCGGUUGCGAACCUUGCAAAAAGGUGCUUGUACUUAAACGGGAAGAAACGACCUACAAUGAAAAAAGUAGCAAAGGAGUUGGAGGCAGUUCAAGUGUUGCAAAAAGCUCAUACCCUUCAACAAGAUUACAAAGAGCUUGAAUAUGUCCAAGCAAAAAUGUACGAGUCAUGGGAUGUUGUUCCAUCAUCAACAAUGCCAACCUCAUCUGUAGACGCCUAA